UAUAAGUAUGGUGCAGGGCGGUGGCAUGUGUUGUGUCUUGUCAUUAUUUCGAUCGAUAAUUCUUUUGAGUAUUCAAGUCGAUCACUUAAUAUCAACUACUUCUUGUGUUAAUGAAUUUUGCUCAUCUUUUCUCUUAUACAUUACCUUUUAAAGACUGUCUUUAUUACGUCCACAGAAAGGAAGGUUGACUAAAUAGGAUAAGGAGAUUGAGGUUAUAUAAGGUUUUCGUUUUGACAGACGCGAGGCGCGAGCUCCGAUACCCGUGGUGGGAUGGUAAAGGAGGCGAUUAAAAAGUCGAACAGCAGAGAACGACGUUGUCGUUAGUUGAGUGGACUAGUUCAAGUCUGUAGCUUGCAUAUUUUAUUGGAUUUAAGCGUUCUUGUUAUCCAUUAUUUAUUUAGUGCUAUAAAAAAAUUGCUUGUGUCAGAUAACAGAUAAAGUGAACGAUUCGAAAUGGAUGAUAAAAAAACAGAACACAUUGUCAUGACACCAAAAUGUAAGACUGCAAAUUCUACAACUCUUAUAAUAGAAAGACAGGCUUUAGAACCCCCAACAGAAAAUGGAAAUGAAAACAACGUUCAUAUUGCUGGAGGAGAUCACAAAGGAAUAGUUAUUAAUAAACAAGCAGUUGCUGUUACAAAUGGUGAAAUUCAUCCAGCACAUCUUUGCUUACAAUUCAGAGUAUUCUUAGUGAGUGCUCAAAGUGGAAAACAUACACAAGAAUCUAGAACUCUUCAGUUUUGGUUUGUAGAUACACUUUCAGAAGCCGAACACCCAAGUGUAGCGCAAGAAUUCUUCAGAGAAUUAGUUACACCUCAAGAAUUUCCAAGAGAUUAUGUUGGAUUUAUCAAGAAAAUAAUGAAACUAAUGUUGCAUAAGUAUUCUACAAUUAAAAAGAUAGAAGUAGAAUUAAAACAGCUUGAAGAACCUGUUAAUCUUCCAACUAGACCAUCUGAUACUGGUCAUAUACUGUUCACAGUUCUUCCAUAUAAGAAAAUUAGUUGGAAAUCAGUAUCAACAGAUGAAACAGUUAUUGGUCAGGUAGUUGAACUGACUUUAGAAAAAGUGUUGGAACUUAUUGAAUCUGCUUACCCAAAUCCAAUUACAGUGACUGAUAUAGCAAAAGAACAUGGUUGGGAUCCUUCUGCUGUCGAAAUAAAAUUAAAAGAAUUACAAGAGAAGGGUGUUGUUAAAGCGAUGGAGCAUGGAGCUUUUACUAGAGUUGUACACCAAGAUACCCAAAUUCAAGUCGUAAAACAAAUGCCAACAAUGGCAAGUGCAAAACAACCUACUAUAGCAAUUAUUACUGCACAGUAUUGUGAAAAGUUGGCAGUUGAUUCUAUGAUUGAAAACAAAGAAACAUUUGUUCGUUAUACUACUGUUGGUGAGUCAAAUGUUUACACAUUAGGUAAUAUUGGUGCACACAGAAUUGUAUGCACAAAGUUACCCACUGUAGGUCAUACAAGAGAAGCAAUGACUGCAGCAGGAAAUACAACUACCAGAUUAUUAGGUACAUUUCAGAAAGUUGAUUUCGUUUUCUUAAUUGGAAUUGGAGGAGGUGUACCACAUUAUACAGAUUAUAAUAAACACGUACGACUUGGUGAUGUGGUUAUAUCUUAUCCUAUUCCUCUUAAUAAAAAGUAUAUUUAUGUUUAUUGUGAAAGUGCAAAGACAAAUGAGAGUGGAGAUUAUCAUUUUGAAACCAAAGAAUAUUGCCCACCAAAUUUAUGUCUUCAAGAAAUUGCUGUUAAUCUUAAAGAUCAGUCAGAGAAUGAGACAAAUCCUCCAUGGCAAACGUACCUAAAGGAAGGUUCAGAUAUUUUAACUAACCAGACGGAGCAUGAUUUUAAACCACCUCCACCAGAGUCUGAUAAGUUAUACAUGGCUAUUGGCGAAAGAGAUGUUAUUGAAGUUGCACAUCCUACUGCACCUGCAGAUGCGGCGAAUAAAAGAACAAAUGGCUGUCCACGAAUUCACUUAGCACCUGUAGCAUCUGGCAGACAUAUUGCACGCGAUGAUCAGCUUAGACAGAAAUUUGCAGCCCGAUUUGGAGCCCUUGCCUUUGAUGCAGAGAUGGAUGCUGUAGUCGAAAGUAUUUUGGGUAAUUGUCGUGAAAGUUUUGCCGUUAUUCGAGGUAUUUCUGAUUAUAAAGAUGGCUCUCGUAUAAAGGAAUGGCAGCCUUACGCGUCCUUAGCUGCUGCUAGUGUAAUGAAAUCUAUUAUUUGUGCUAUGGACCCACCUACUAAUGUGUAAUACACAAUUUCUGAUGCUCGUUUUAUUUCAUUCCCGACAGCAUUUUAUGUGAUAGUUGGUAAAAGUGUCAUCAUUUCGUGUCUUUUAUAUCGUAUCGUCGAUUUUUCAGUGCAAAGUGGACCAACUUCUUUUAUUGGUUAAGAGCAAUCGUUGUUUCAAUUAGUGCACAAACAGCAUAAUUCAGAAUUACUUAAGGAAUAGCUUAUUCUUCUUUUUUCUUAUAUUUUUUAAGUCGCAUUUAAUGUGAUAUGGAUCAGUUAUUUACUUGAUAAGCAGGAGAAAAUAAGAUCGUGACCAAAUAUAUAACGGUCAUAAAGUAAGAUGCACCAAGUGCAUUUUAAUUAUUUAAGAGAAUUGUAGUUAGUUUGAAUGAUUUUAAUCUAGUGACUUUAGAAUCAAGGACAAUUCAAUUUCACGUUUCCAAAUUGUUUUCAAAGAAUUUCUAAACUGCUAAAAAAAUGGAAUAUGUAUUCGAUUGAUAAAAGUGCUAGUUCACUUUUAAAAUUUAUUUCGAUAUGGCUAUUUGAAAAAUAUUUUUACAAUUUUUAUAUCUGAACAUAACUUUUCAAUAUUAUUUAAUAAUAUAUUUAUAAUAUCGAUGCUUCGAAUAUUGCUACACUUAUUCAUUUCCUAACGUAUUAUAACAGUAAUUUUAUAUAAUUUGAUGGAAUAUUAAUGUAUGGUUUUGCAGAAUUAUUUAUAUACUCUUUGUACUUUUCAUAUCUCGCUUAUUGCCUAUUGUAUUUAUUUAAGUAUAAUAUCGAGAAAUUUAUGUACUCAAGAAAAAUCAGUUCAAUGAUUCUAAAACUGGUGCCAUCUUUAUCCUUUUGAACACAAGAUCAUGAAAAAAUUUUUGCACAAUGCAUUUUUUUGAAAUGAAAGAACUAUACUUUUGAAAUAAUUACGUAAUUUAAAUUAUAGCAAUGAGGCUCUUGAUUAUCGAAUAUUAGCAGACAGGAUUCGAAAUAACGUAGGUAUGGGAACCACAGAAAGCUUUAAAUAAAGUCUCGGUAUAGUCAGAAAAAUAAUUUAGAUGUAGAAUAUGAUAUCUAAGAGUAAGGGCAGAAAGUACAUUUGGCAGUAUUUAUCUAAACACAACCAAAUUAUCGUUCAAAAAGUAAUUGUCCUACAAACUAUUAUAUGUUUGUCAGAGUAUAUUACCAUUUCACACAAAUCUGUUCGCUUUCUCCAUGAAGCGUAUAAUAAAUACAUCUAUACAUUCAAAUUUGAUGAAAGGAAGAAAUAUAAAUAAAUAAUGCCGCCCAAAACUUUAAUCGUACUUCAAAGGAGAUUAAGAACUUGAUCUUAAUAGUUAUAUUAUUAAUUAUUAUUAUAAAAUAUGUUUACUUUCUAAUGUGUUAUGAUUUUGAAUGAAAGAUUUUGAAACAAACAUAGAUUUUUGUUUCUUAACAAAUUUUAAUUUGAUUUCUGAAUUAUGGCAAAAUAUUUGCAUAUACAGGCUGUGUCCUCUAGGAUUAACCACUAUUUUUCAGAUAUUUCUAAUAAUUCGUCAAAGAAAUGUUUUGAACAAAAGUUAGUAAGUUUUCGGUUCACUACACAUUUGAAUAUUAAAAAUUUUCAAAAAUUUUCAAAAAUUUUAUCCAAUAAAAAAGUCAAGGGUACCAUAUGUUUUGGAUUUCAUGGAGUUGUAGUUUGCGUCAAAAUGAAUUCAACAGUCUACUAUACAAUGACUCUGAGAUGACUUUGCAUUCAGAAACUAAUAAAUUAAACAAAUCUAACAAUAACAAUCAUACCGUUUUGCAUUACACGUUACAAUGUACUAUUACUAAAUUUCUGAUUUUCAGCUCAUUUCAAAGUCAUCUCAAGGUGAUAGUACAGUAGGUCGUAGAUUCGUCUUGAUGUCAAUUAUAAUUCUGUCAAGUCCAAAAUAUAUGGUGCUAUCUAAGGAAGUCAACAAUUUUUUGGAAAUCUUUAAUAUCCAAAUGCGUAGCGAAUUGAAAACUGAUUAACUUUUGUUCAAAAAAUUUUUUGGUAGAUUGU